CGUAUUGACCCAAAUUUCCUGUACCGGGCGUUCACAAACUAAGAUGGCGGAAUACGACCUCACCAACACAAUCGUCCCCUACCUCGACCGCCAUCUUGCAUUUCCUCUCCUAACUCACCUCGUCGAGACCGGCUUGUUCCCCCCAGAAGAUGUCGCCGCAGCCCAGUAUGAGCUCGCGAAGGGAACGAACAUGGUGGACUAUGCCGUCAGUUUGUUCCAGCAGUUACAUCCGGACGAGGAGGUUCCAGCAGAAUUCGCGCAGAAGAGGGAAAACGCCGUGUCCACGAACGAGCGCCUGCAACAAGAGGCUCAGGCUGUCCUGGACGUGAUCGAGAACCCGGAAGUCGCCCAAGCACUGCGACAAGACAAAAUGCAGAACCUGCAAUACUUAAAAGAACACUACAACGUCACCCUCGAGCAAAUCCGUGCCCUCUACAACUUCGGCCAGUUCCAAUACACCUACGGCAACUACUCCGGCGCCGCCGACUACCUCUACCACUUCCGCGUGCUCUCCACCGACACCGACCUGAACACCUCCGCGAGCUGGGGCAAGCUCGCGUGCGACAUCCUCACAGGCAAGUGGGACGUCGCGCUCGAGGAGCUCAACACGCUCCGCGAGUCGAUCGACGCGCGCCCGAGCGAGCUCCUCCAGCUGCACAGCCGCACGUGGCUCCUGCACUGGAGCCUCUUCGUGUACUUCAACCACCCGCAGGGACGCUCGCUGUUGCUUGAGAUCUUCCUCAGCCCGAAUUAUUUGAAUACGAUACAGACGAGUUGUCCGUGGGUGUUGAGGUACCUCGCCGCGGCGGCGGUGCUCUCGCGCAAGACGUCCGGCCAGAGCAGCUCCGGGCGCGUACGGCAUGCGAUUAAGGAGGUCGUGAAGGUGAUACAGAUGGAGGAGUACCAGUACCAGGAUCCCGUCACGAAGUUCCUGAAGGAGCUGUACGUCGAGUUCGACUUCGAGGCGGCGCAGCGCGAGCUCGGGCUCGCGGAGAAGGUGAUCGGCGACGAUUUCUUCCUGAACGAGUUCAGGGAGGACUUCCUCGACAAUGCCCGGUACUUGAUCAGCGAGGCGUACUGCCGGAUCCAUCACCGGAUCGACAUUGGCGACCUGUCGGAGCGCCUCAACCUCUCGCGCGACGAGGGCGAGAAAUGGAUCGUCAACCUCAUCCGCGAGACGCGCAUGGGCGCCGACGCGCGUAUCGACCUCGAGAAGAACGUCAUCGAGAUCAACCGCCACCCCCUCCCGAUCUACCAGUCCAUCAUCGAGAAGACGCGGGGGCUCGCGUUCCGCACGCAGGCGCUCGGCGUCGCGAUGGCGCGCGCGGCGCAGCCGCCCGUGCCUGUCGUCGAGGAGGCACGGUGAGGUGGUGGGGCGGGAGGGAAGUGGAGGGGACGGUACAUGUGCUCUUGCUUGUGUAUCAUAGGAUGUGCUGGUUUGUGUUGUACUGAUAUUCAUGCAAAACUGGCCCUUGGGCUGUGCCGAC